CAGAUAAAAACACCAACCCAGCUGGUCAGUAUGCGUGUGUGCGUGUGUGUGUGGAUAAACUUUAUUAACACCUUCGGACAGACACACAAGCAUGGGGCUCUGCCUCCACGCUCCGCUCGGAGAAAGUCACUCCCUCAGAUCCGGAGGAGGAGAGCUUCAGCCGGGGCCACUUGAUGGGAUGCAGAGAGGAGAGAGGCGCUUCUGCCCCCGCUGCUGUGCGUGAUGUUUGAAUCCUCCUUCGGAGUUUCAAAGCGACAGGGCUGCACAGACAUGGUGCCCGCAGCCAAACACUGGACUCCUGAUCCCCAGUGAUCCGUGUCACCAUGCCAACUCCUACGGUCCUCACAGCAACCAGGAGUCCUCAGAGAAGUCGCUAGGUUUACAAGCAUAUUUGCAUCACUGCUAGCCUCCAUAAAGUGGAUCCUCCACCCCCCGACAGAAGGAUCUGGAGGCAGGUAGGGUGGAGGAAGACGCAGAGGAGACCACUGCAGAGAUAUGGAGUGGUAAAAUCACAUUUGCUCUGUCCUUCCUGCUCCAGAGAUGGCUUUUUGGUGGACUCUCCUGCUGUUUUUCACAUUGCUGCUGGUGCAGACGGGACUUGUUGUUGGAUGUGUUUGUCCAGCAGCCACCAUUUUGACCCAGUUUCCCUCUGAGGUUCCUGCUGAUGUCUGCUGCUUGAACUAUUCUGGCUCUGCUUUCAGCCAUGUGAGCUGGUCUGUGUUUACCAAUAAGACAAACAUAGAGACACUGGAUCUCUCCAACUGUAAUAUCAGCUCUGUUGACACUAAUGGCAAAGAGAGCUCUGCGCUACGGAAGGUCUACUUAGGUCAUAAUAGACUAACAGCGUUGCCAAGAGGGUUUCUGUCAAACCAGGCCAGCCUGAUGGAAGUGGAUCUGAGCGCUAACCUUCUUCAGGAGCUUCCUCUGGGCUUCCUCCAGGACUCUGAUAACCUCCAGAAGCUGCAUCUGCAAGGGAACCAGCUACGCUCCCUCCCUAACGCUAUACUUCAGAAGCCCAGUCUUCAAAAGUUGGAGCUGGAUGGGAACUACUGGGACUGCUCCUGUUUGUUACUGGAAGGCCUGGAGGCCGUCAUGCAAACUAACAGGACCACCAGAGCAUUGGAUGUGGUGGGGAACAUGACCUGCUUCUCUCCCCCGCACGUGGCGGGAUCGACGGUGUUGUCGCUGAAGCUAAAGGACGUGUGUCGCCCCGCUGGUCUCACAGCACUCUUCAUCGUGCUACCUCUCAUCAUCCUCAUCACCUUGCUCCUCUGCUGGUGCUGCGGGAGGAAGAGGAAGAAGAAGGAAGCCCCCGUGUUCAGCAGCUCCAAAAAGAGGGCCUCCAGCUCCAGCUGCAACGGCCAGAAAUACCGCGCCAAGCAGCAGCCGUCGGCCGCUGAGCUCCAGGGCAACGCAGCAGCCGGCGACAAAGAAGUCAUCCUGAAGAACCAGCUGCUGCUGCGCCCGGCGUCCUCCCUCCUGGGCAGCUCCAGGGACAUCUAUGAAGAGGUGGAGAUCAAGCUGGGCUCGGUGGAGUCGCUUCCUCGAGACGCCUCGCGCUCUCCCAGCUUCACGGGCGGGAGGCAAGGAUCCCAGGAGCCCGACGGGGCCAGCAAGACGGAGCUGGACGUCGUCAGUGUGACUGAGGUGAUGAAAGACUCCGCUGACAGGGAGAAGGCUUACCUGGCUCAGUCCACCGAGUACUACAGCCUGGUGCCGGGCAUCGAGCUGGAAGACUCGGACCACGGCGAGUACGAGAACGUUGACCUCUCGUGACACGUCUUAAAGGAAAAGUUAAAGAUUUUGGAAAAUAGGCUUUUGUUUUCUUGGUGGGAUUUGAAUCCAUUAAAACUAAAACUAAAUGUUUUGCUGAAAUCAGAAGCACCCACUGAUCAGCUCUUUAAUUUAGUUUUCAUUAUGUUUUAUUUUACUGUUACGGUGAUUGUUGCUUAAUAUUUAGAUGCUGUUUACUGUUAGAUAGCAAUUCAUUGCACCAGUUUCUGGUCAGGCAAGUUUCUAAUGGGUUAUACCCACAACUGAAGAAGCUACUCCAGUCCAGUUCACUCUUUUUGGAUAUACUGUUAAAAGGAGCCAGUGUGGUGUUAGCCUAGCUUAGCAUAACAUCUAGCAGUAGUGGAAACAGUCAACUCGGCUCAGCCUUAAAUUUUAUAAAAGCUCACUGAAUGGCUAUUUUGUGUUUAACCCACACAAAACAAAAAGGUUUUAAAACAUUUAUUUAUGCAUCCUCAUUAAACAAAACCUUGAUUGAAUGAGCUAACUGCUAAUGCUAAAGCGCUAGCACUGGUCUCAAAUGAUCAAAAUGCUGGUUUACAGUGAUAAAUGACAGAAACGGUGAUGUGUGUUAAGAAUAAAGGGGGGUUAAAGUUUGCCUAAACGUCCCCAAAACAGAAAUAUUUCUUCUGAUUCACCUUCGACCAUUUGGACCGAGGAACACGUUUCCUGGCAUAGAUACAUCACAGCUCAAUGUGAUUCAGUGGUAGCUUAUCUAUCUUGUGUAAAUUAUGUAUUAAUCUGUGAUGACUGUCUAUGUGUGUAUCUAAACUACACGAUUUAGCCCUGCCUUUCGAGGUAGGUAGGUAGGUUUAUAACCUUGGAGCGAGCCAGCUGUUUCCCCUCCUUCCUGCCUUUAUGCUAAACUAAGCCAAUCUCCUCUUGGCUCCAGCUCCAUGACUAACGCACAGAUAAGAUUUAAGCUUUUGUGCCCAUUUAUUUCCCAACUAGAAAACAAAUAAGUGUAUUUUCCAAAGCUUGUCGUUCCCAAUGGUCUAAAGAGAGACUGUGUGAUGCAGAGAGAGUGAUCUAUGGUCCUUGUGGUCUGACCUCAGCUGUAUCACAAUGUAAGAGGAAGUGAUUUUCCUGUGGGACCUGAGAAAUGCAGUGACGGUUUGAAAAGGGAGGCUCAGUUUUUACUCCCAGGAAAAAAAAAAAAGAAAAAGGCUGUUUUGCAGUCACAAAGACAUUUAAGUCAUUAAAUGAUCAACUCUUUGCAAAAUGUACAAGACCACAAACAACAGGGUAUAUAUUUAAUCACUCUGCUCACUUACUGGAAGUAAAGCAGGCUUUUGUGUAUACCUUUAUUUACCUCACCCAUCUGCGAUCAUUAUACGCAUUCCAGUUUGACUCGCUACUAAUUUUGCAUAAGAGAUGUAUCCUGAAAUUCUUUCACCAUAAGCUGUACAACCAGAAAUACUAUAUAGUGUAGGUGCUAAAUAAUAACUAAUCCCGUCUCCGGGCUCACAGUUAAUUCCAGAUGAGCUGUGGAAUGUAAAGCGCAUGUGAGAUGUCGAAAUGUACAUGUCAUUCGGAUGUUUGGGAGGGAUGAAAGGGAGGUUGGUUCCUCUUGUUUUGAGUCGCUCACACUGAAAUGUGCAGCCAGGUUGUAAAAUUGCCAAGGCGGACGAGUCUAAAUGCUGGUUUAAGAUUAACAUCUCUGUAGUGCGGGUUCAAUAAACUUCGAGAGGACACGUGAACGUAGGCGUCAUUGUGUAGGUGCGUAAGGACAUAAGAUGUUAUCUAAGAUGUGGAAAGUAGACAGAUGUCUCACCCUCACACUUUCCGGCUCUGAAAGGUGAUUGGUUUGUGUGCAGCCAUGGGGAGAGAGAGCGAGCGAGGGUGUGGAGCUUCCAUGAAUUGAAUUAACUGAGGUGUAUUUUCCAGACGCAGCUCAUUUCAUUGACAUGGUCAGGACUACUGCUGUCCAACAGUGUCUUCGGUCAAGAGACAGACAAAGCAGGGAGGAGGGAGUCGCAUUUUGUAAUUUUGUACAACUUUCGCACAGAUACAUGUAUUGUUAACAAGUCUGCAUAUCCUGUGUGUUUGUAUUUACGUUUGUUUUUGUUGGUUUUAGCAGCUGUUUUGUUACUUAUCUUAUUUCCUGCUGAAGUGUAUAUGUUUAGGUAAUUACUUUUGGCAAAAAUGACAACUCGCUGGCAGAUUUUAGUGGCUAAUAGGAGAAUAAUGCCAACAUUGUUCCUGAAAUAAAUGAAAACAUCGUCGACAUGUGACUUUUUAAUGUGUCCCUCCCUUGUAACCAUAAUCUUUAACCUCCAAACAAAUGCUUAGUUACGAGCUGAAUAGCCAGAAAUGCUAAAGAUUAAUGCUGUUUGUGUAGAGAGGCUACAACCAAACUGUACUAUACUGAGGAAAGUCUUUAUAAUAUUGUCAUGUAAGUCCACGUUCCAUUAUUUUAAAUAACUUUUAUUAUAGCAGACGGUUAAAACGUUAAACAUUGUGGAAAAUUUAGACUAUAAAAUCACCUUUUUAUUUUUAGAGUCAAUAUAUUUAAAUUAUAACAACAGGUUUACUAUGUCUCCUCAGUUCAUUCCUGGUUUCAAAGAAAAGUUUUGAAAAUUAAAAUAUUUCCUAAAAUGUAGAGAUCUGAAGGGAAACUGGGCCUUGAUUUGAAUACAUACCAAAAAUAAUGAAUAAUGCUUCAUAAAACAACACGGGGACAUUGAUGUCAUCUGUAAUAAAAGCACUGAUUUUCUUUUCUUAUUGUUAUUAUGUUUAAACUGUAAAAUGCACUACUUUGAUUGUAUGCGAUUUUAACACUGUUUAGAGAAAAUAAAUGCAUUUUUUAAGAA